AUGGACGAGUGUUCGGGCUCACACACAUCCCCCGCAUACACUCGCAAGCACACGGUGUUUGUGCACAUCUGCUGCCCUCGGCUGGCUCCAGACAGCCAAAAACGGGUCUGCCUAACAUGUCCCCGCAGGCACCCUCUUUUCCCGCUCCUGACGCUGCUGUUUGAGAAAUGUGAACAGGCCACGCAGGGCUCUGAGUGCAUCACCUCCGCAAGCUUUGAUGUGGACAUCGAGAACUUUGUCCACCAGCAGGAGCAGGAGCACAAACCCUUCUUCAGCGAUGACCCAGAACUGGACAAUCUGAUGGUGAAGGCAAUCCAGGUCCUGAGAAUCCACCUGCUGGAGUUGGAGAAAGUCAAUGAACUCUGCAAGGACUUUUGCAACCGUUACAUCACCUGCCUCAAAACCAAGAUGCACAGUGAUAACCUGCUCAGGAAUGACCUCGGGGGGCCCUACUCCCCCAACCAGCCCUCCAUAAACCUUCACUCACAGGACCUCCUGCAGAAUUCCCCCAAUUCCAUGUCUGGAGUCUCCAAUAACCCCCAGGGGAUUGUGGUCCCAGCCUCAGCGCUCCAGCAGGGCAACAUCGCCAUGACAACCGUCAACUCACAAGUCGUGUCAGGUGGAGCCUUAUACCAACCGGUUACCAUGGUAACCUCCCAGGGUCAGGUGGUCACCCAAGCAAUCCCCCAGGGAGCCAUCCAGAUCCAGAACACACAGGUUAACCUUGACCUCACCUCCCUCCUGGACAAUGAGGAUAAGAAGUCCAAGAACAAACGAGGAGUCUUGCCCAAGCAUGCCACCAAUAUAAUGCGUUCUUGGCUCUUCCAGCAUCUCAUGCACCCCUACCCCACGGAGGAUGAGAAGAGGCAGAUCGCAGCCCAGACCAACCUCACCCUCCUGCAAGUAAAUAACUGGUUCAUCAACGCCCGGAGGCGUAUCCUGCAGCCCAUGCUUGAUGCCAGCAACCCAGACCCUGCGCCCAAAGCCAAGAAGAUCAAGUCUCAGCACCGGCCCACCCAAAGAUUCUGGCCCAACUCCAUUGCUGCGGGCGUGCUGCAGCAGCAGGGCGGCGCCCCGGGGACAAACCCUGAUGGUUCCAUCAGCUUGGACAACCUGCAGUCCCUGUCCUCAGACAACGCCACCGUGGCCAUGCAGCAGGCUAUGAUGGCCGCACAUGACGACUCAUUGGAUGGGACAGAAGAAGAGGAUGAGGAUGAGAUGGAAGAGGAGGAGGAGGAGGAGCUGGAGGAGGAGGCCGACGAGCUGCAGACGACGAAUGUCAGCGACCUGGGCUUGGAACACAGUGACUCCCUGGAGUAGCCGGGCAGCCCAGAUGGCACUGACCACCGAGCAGGAGAGGAGUGUUGUCGGGAGGGCUUCAGGGGAGGGGGGAAGGGGACGCGGGCAGGCAGCACCGAGGAAGUUGGGCCCUAGCUUCCCAAAAUCAGCAGCUUGAAGAAAUGCAGAGGAGACACCGUGCUCCUUCCCAACCACCAAGCUUCCACGAGCACCCAGCCCCACUUCCCUGGAACCACGGAGGACUCUGUUUGGCGGGGCCAGUCAGGCAGCCUGCAUGGAAAGACGGGAGUGAUGUCUGGACUCACCCAAUCCCUGAGGACAGAUGGCACCCAUGGGCCCCCCAUGGAAGGAUUUGAGUUGUUCACAAGCCUUGCACUGCGAGGCGGAUCGGUGCUGUUCGCAGAGUGGGCCUUUGCCAGGGGCCAGACUGGGGAGGAAAGGGAGAGACAAAGGGGGACUGAUUCCAUCUCCAGAAGGUUCUCAGCUCCUUUGAGAGACAUUCAAGGGCAGGAGGGAGCCCAAAAGCAUAACCAGUGGGCAGAGGGGUGGGAGGGCCUGAGGCGUCCCAUCUUGCAGAUCACAGUGGGACCUGGAGUCCACAGGGCCCAGCCUCGCUCCGAGGCCCUGCCCCUGGUCACAGCACCGUGGACUUGCAAGAGAGGGAUGGCAGCCAGCGAGCCUCCUUCAUCUCUCCCGGAAACACAUUGUAAGCUGGUGGGCUCGGCCCAUCAGAGGAUAAGAGGAGUCCCUUCACCUGGGUUGGCUCCAGGAGCCAAAGAGAUGACAGACCCUGGGCUAGGAGCCAUAGCACGGUGACUUUGGCGGUCACAGAACUCAGCUCCUAUAACAGGACAAUGGUGUCUUACCCUAGAUGUUCCCGCCCUCGGAUGGAGCUCCUCAGAUGUCCCACCCCCUUCACAGACCUGCAGAGGGCGGCCAGGCCAGCGGGACUCCGCACCAUCCCAGAGGCCGCCGCCUGCUCCCGGGCCGGCUCCAUCGGCCUCCAGCCUCCCUUCCUCAUCCCAUCCUUCGGAGAAGGCGGGAGAAAUACGGGAAAGAAACAUCCAGCCCAGUGGGAAGCCAGGGGUUGAAGAAGGUGCUACAUCCCUUUUCCCAUCAAUAUCCUGAUGUGGGGGAGGGCCCCGAGAGGGCACCCAGGCACCUGCGGGGUGCCCCACCCCACCUGCCUCGCGCUCCGCACACCGCCACCCACAGCACUGGGGAGUGGGCUCCCGGGAGGAGGCGGCGGCCCUCCACGGUCUGCCCUGAUACACACUCCACCCUCAACUUCCAGACCCCCCCCCCCCGCUGGCACCCCUCCUCCCAUUCCCUCUCGCCCCUAUGGCUGUGAAUGACAGGACUGAUCACAUGUGUGUUUUCCAUUGGGUUUAAUUUAAUGGACGUGCAGUUUCAUUUGUAAAUUGUGCAUUAGCCAUCUCCUUCAGUGGCAGCACGUGAGUGGCUACCUGGCUCAACUGGAGGGGACCCUCAGGGCCCUCUGAGGCCUCCCCUCCCCCACCUGGUUGGGGCGGAGCAAAAGGAUGGCCGCUUUCCUGAGGUGUCCCUGAAAUGAAUGUAUUUCUCCCCCAAAAGAGCUGAUAUUUAAUGUUUUAAUAAGGAUUUUUGAGAAACAAAUAACCUUAUUUAUAAUCUGGGUGAUCCAAUCAUUUUUUUACUCCCUUUUGAUGCCAUAGGUAGAGGAAAGUCUGGCUUUUUUGGCGUGAGACUUUUGCAAUGUGCAGUGGGAUAAAAUGCAUUUCCUUUUCUGGUUCGUUUUCCUUGUUAAAACACACACGCGCACACACACACACACACACCCUUCCACUCACCACCCUGACAGGUGUCCCCAGCACAGGCACACCGCACACACGUGCCCACCUCUCUUCCUCCCAGCCCCCUCCACCUGCCUAAUGUUAUGCAACCUCCUUCUGAUGUAUCCACCAAACCAGUACUGAAUGUGGCCGAGAAGUUUUCAGUAAAUCUUAUUACCUACCAUAA